AUGAAGUCUUCUUUCGUCGCUCUUGUCCUGUCGGCUCUCGCUCUUUCUGUGCGCGCACUCCCCUCACCACUCCUUCCGCCCGCCCAGUGCUGCGACAGCACCGUGCCGCUCCUCCGCGCAUACAGCCCCUCCGCCACGGACCACUUCUACACCACCAACGCGCAGGAGCGCGCCAACGCCGUUGCCUCCCUCGGGUACGCCGACGAGGGGACCGCCGCCCAAGUCUUUCCCGCGCCGGGGGUCGCCGGCGCCGUCCCGCUCUACCGCCUCUACAGCGCGGGCGGCACGGACCACUUCUACACGACGAACGCGCAGGAGCGCGACGACGCGCGGCCGCGCUCGGGUACGCGACGAGGGCGUCGCCGCGUACGUCUACCCGAGCGCGCAGUGCGGGAGCGUGCCGCUGUACAGGAUGUUCUCGCGUCGGCGUCGGACCACUUCUACACGACGAACGCGGCGGAGAAGGACAACGCGGUCGGAGCUUUGGGAUACUCGUACGAGGGAGUUGCUGGGUACGUGAACCCUGUGAGGGGCGCGCACUCUCCGUUCGCCUCAUAUACGCCCCGCUCUCGGCCUCCGUUGUCGUCAUCUUCGAUGAACUAG